UCAUAUAUUUGCAUGUUUCUCCAAAAGACAACACAAUGGGAACUACAAAUGAAGUGCUUUGCUGUUGAACUGGCUGCUGUUUAUUGUCAAUGAGUUUUUCCGCCUGUCACUUCAUUCUUAAGAAAAGGAAAGUAAAGCCAGGUAUGAAGGUGCAAUUGUUCUUUGAAGAGGAAAUAACCUGAAUAGCUUGAAUGGAGUCAUAUUCUCCUUUAAAGGUGUGGGCGGGGAGUAGAGAGUUGGGUUUCAGUGCCACCCCUUUUUUUCUAUUCUCACACACACUGUAGUGCCUUCCAGUCACAGUCCAGAGAGACACUUUGGGCUGUGUGUGUGUGUGUGUGUGUGUAUGUGUGUAUGUGCUUUGGUCAUAGACUCAAGCUUUCCCUGGAUGACUAUGAAGCGAACUGCCAUCAAUGAAGGACCACAAAACGACACACCACUGGGAAACUUCCACAGCUUGUCCACACCUUUUACCAAGGUCAUUAACCUCUGAGAAAGACGUGAUCCACUUUCAUCUCUAUUGGCCAAUGAUACUGAACUUCCAUGUAUCAGAUGAGCGCUUUUAUCAAGUGAGAAGAUGGCCAAGGUGUACAGACUCUAUGUAGGGAUAGUAACAGCUCUGGCCUUAUGCAAAUACUCCCUGGCAGAAUGGAAUACCACAGAAGAGACUGCCAAUCGAACUGUGUCUGAUUGUCAUCACCAUGGCAACAGAGACAAUUGCACAGCAGACACAAUAGAUACAGGGCAGUGGGCUGGCCACUUCUCAAAAUGUCCAGAGAAACUUACAAACUACUGUAUCCAUGGGGAGUGUCGUUACAUUGAAGAGCAGAAUGCACCGUCCUGCAGGUGUCAGCAUGGUUACAUUGGCGGCAGGUGUGAAUAUCUGGACCUAGACUGGCGGAUAGGAGAGAAACGACAAAUCAUAAUUGCCUGCAUCAUAGCGGGGCUCGUUUUUCUCAUUCUUGUCAUUGUAUUUAUCUGCAUUUGUUCACAUCGUAGGUGCAGAUUGUGUUGGCGGAGGGGAAGACGGAGGGAAGAACCAAGGGACGGGACAGAGAAGCUGAGCAUGAUUGAUACCAGCACGGCACACACAACCUCAAUGGUAGACUCAACAGAGCCACUACACACCACUGUAUGAGAAGUGUGUGCGACCACAAGUCUGGGAAUUGUUUAGAUAUGAGGGAUUGUUGUCCUUCAUGUGACAGCUGCUGCCUUUUGUCUAACAGUGACAGUAGGGUGCCAUAGGAGGUCCCUCUGUGCCGGACAGGCCUGAGGCCUGCUCAAAGGAGGAGGGACAUUUCUGGAUAAAAACUGUGAUAGAUCAAGCAGGAGAACAGUAGUUUGCACCCUCUUCUGAAAGGGCAGCCUUGUCUGAAACUUUGAUGAAGCUUCAGAAGAUAGAAGAAGAGGAACACAAGUUAGAAAGAAGUGAUCAGCUGAUUGUGUGUUGGCAAGGACACUUUUUUUCCAAUGCUGUGGAGUAACAGACACUUAGCACGGCUGAGUGCACAGCACUAAAUCAGUUGUUGCUAUGUUGGAAAAAGCUUUGACACCAGCUGGCAGCAGCUGAUAACAGUUGAUCAGGGUAUUGUACAACACAGGAAACACAGAAAAAUGAGAGGAAAGGGACUGUGUAAAGAUGCACUCCAUUGUCUCGUACUGUGAAUAACUCAUUAAAUGUAAAGAAAUAUGCAAUUAUUAUAAGUACGAGGAGCUACACAAUACUGUUCCAGUAUGCUGUAUCUUUGUUUAAUGUUGUUUCUACUUUGUAUGCUAGUAAACUAUUGAGCUACAUCACAAAAUCAACAGUUAUUAUCAUUUAUUCAUCUUUUGACAUGUCUCUGUGUAAACUAACACACAGAAUAAUGUUACUUAUCAACAUUAGCAAUGCAAGAAGAGCCUUCCAUAUACUAAAAUGCUGCAGUUCUGGACUCCCAGGUUGGAGGAGGACAAGGAGAACUUGUGGUGGAGGCUUUUUUGAACUGUAUAUUUGGAGCCGAGCAGCCUCCGAGCUACAGAGGCAGAACAGCCAAGCCUGUGUGUGGAGGCUACACUCAGGUGAAAGUGCUCCACUGUACUAGUCAGUUUCCACUGGCAGCCUUUCACUGUUUUUUUUUUAAACGUGUAUCUGUACGUGUAUUACCUCUGCAUCUAAAUGUAGAAUGAAGAGAAUUAGGGCAGAGUCAGUGAAGUCUGCGCCUACUGUCUAUAUGCCAACUAUUAAUAAAUAUGCCUACUGUAUAUUUGCUGUCCAUUUAAAUUAUUUCAAUACAAAAGAGUGUUUUAAUAGAAGAGUUAAGUGGUGAUUUCUAAGAAAUUACUCAACGUGCCCUCAGUCUGUAGACUGUUUUGAUCUCAUCACCGACCGAUAAGCUCAAGUUCACAAGACCACUGCUGACUUGUACAAACCUCUACUGUUACCCUUGUUCCAGUUUCAAUUUUAAACUUUUAAUCAAAUAGAUGCAAUAUUUACACUAUUACUUGCACUAUUGUGCAAGACAUGCUCAGAUUAAGUUACAAUUAUAUUCCCCGUCAUGUGAUUAUACUUUGGGUACAGUUUUAUUUUGUUGUUGUGUUGCUAGGUGCUUUGUUACAAGCUGGAGUCAGCAGUGUAGUGUGCAGGAUUCCAGUGUAAGGGUGUGAACAUAAUACAGUAUCAUCCUGUGUGUCAUAAUGUGAUUUAAAGGGAUACUUUGCUGACUUAAAUCCAGCUCUGUAUCAUAUUUGUGUGGCAGUGUUUAUGUCACAGGAGGGAAGCCAAACACCAUUCAUCUAAAUACACUGCCCACACUGCCAUGCCAGAGCAGGAUUUAAAUCAGCAAACUAUCUCUUUAAUCCUGUUGGCACAAGAUAAUUACCUUGUAUCUGACUUUGUCCUUGGAUCUAACACUUGUUUCAAAUUCUUUAAAAAGAAGUUAAUAUCAAUGAUGUUUCUGUCUGUCACAUCCAAUAUAUGAUAUGAUUUAAAGGUAUGAGAUCGAUAGCAUCACAAUGAAAAGUGGGCAACUAGGGGACAGCUGUGGACAUUCACAGUAUGUAAGGAAGAUACAGUAAUUUAAAGGAAUAGUUUGACAUUUUGGGAGCUAUGCUUAGUCUCUGUCUUGCUGAAUGCCAAUGAGAAGAUCAACAUCACUCUCGCUACUGAUUUGCUGGCUAUAGCUUCAUAUUUACCGCACAGACAUGAAAGUGGUAUUAAUCUUCUCAUCUAACAUUCACCAAAAACAAAGAGAAUACAUUUAUUUCCCAGAAGGUCGAACUUCACUGUCAAGGGGUAUAUACCUGCUAGCUGUUGGUUUAUUUUUCAAGGUUUCAGUGUUGGGUUAAGAAUGAUUUUUAAUCCCUUUCGAAAAUCUCUUUGAGAAUAGUUUCGCGCACAGUCUGCUCGAAUUGAAUCCUAUAAAAAACAGACUUGGCUACAUGUGUUUUGCAAUGUGUCAACCUUCAUUGAUUUUAAAGAGGCAGAGACCUGACGUGUGCUUGGCUUCUGUUCGUGAAUUGCUUUGUUUCAAAAUGCCUGCAAGACUGAGCUCCUAUCAAAAUAUAUACAAGUGCAACAAUGAGGAUAAGUAUGAGGGGAAUUGAUUAACAUGCACUGAAACCACUAAAAACACUGCCACAAAGUGAUACAACAUUUUUCACAACUGCUAACACCAGCCUGCAGUUUUGCACUCUGCUCUGUUUACAAUGGAAGUGUCCUGUCCUGUGUGCCAGGCUUUCUUCAAAAGAAUGGCAGCUGAGGAAUGCUGCAGUUUCCAUAUAAAGGGUGUGUCUGCAAGCUGAUAAGAAAGACAGAUACUGGCCAAACUGUAGUAGAUGUUUGAUUUGGUGUGGAGACGCAGUAGAAAUCUCUUUCAUAAAUUCGUAGUGUGAUCUUGAAAGUCCUUAAACGACCCCAGGAGACAAGUAGUAGACAUUAGACCUUGGAUGAAGUGUUGAUGUGAUGUGACUGGUUCAUUCAAUACAGUUUUCACACUGAGAGCUUGGAGCUCCAUCUGUUCUCCUCUGGUAUGUGUGCAAACUGGCUCCAACAGCUGUGCUAUGUCUACCAAACAGUUUGAUUAGAAGACACUGCACCACACAGGGUUUGCCCAGGCUGUGUUAUAUCUAUCUAAAAUCUAUAGUCAGAUUCAAUAACUUAAGAAUAGACUCACUUAAUUUUAUUGAGUUACUAUGGGAGACAGUUUUGGGGGGAGAAAAUAGACGAGGAUUUUCAACGAUGUCUCCCCUAUCUGUGACAUAUGUCAUCAGGCUCCUGCAAACCUUAUAUACAUAUGCUCUGGCUCCCCUGUUCAUCCAUCCUCUGUCUGAACUACUGGGCCGAAGCUUGACCCUAACUUUUUCGGUGCUCUUUUUGGGGUGUCAGCCUCUUAACCCUCUUUCUCUUUAUCACAAUGGAAAGAGGCAAAAGAGAAGUGAAGUAGCCUUCACUACUUUACUGGCUAGGAGACUGAUCCUGACAAGGUGAAAAUCUUCUGCACCCUCGUCUCAUACACAUUGGAUUUGAGAAGUGCUUCCCAAAGAUGGAGAAAAUAAGACUAUCCAAGGAAGGUCCAAUGCAUUUGUCAACCUAAUUUAUUUUGGAGGGGUAGGGUGUAGCAAGGGGAGUUUUUUGUGUUUUUAUUUUGUUUCAUGUGGGUUUGGGUUUUGUUUGUGCAUUAAUGUGCUGUGAAACAUCCUCAUUAUGUGUGUGUGUGUGUG